AUGUACGACAUCGUAGAGGGAGCCCGCCUGGUGCUGGACCACAUAGAAAACAAUGGCACGACGGACGGAUACGUCACUGAAUAUAUUCGGGCUGUCCGCCAGUACGCACUCAAUGCCAUGCCCAACGGGGCGACGGCCAGGGAAUGGCGAAGAGACUGGCAGCGCGGCUUGGCCAAGGCGGCGUCACCCAGUACCCGGAGCAACGGCACGUCGUCUGCCGAGGUGCCUGAUAUCGAAUUUCGUGAGGAUCGUCAAGUCAUCGUGAAGGUUGGAUCAAACCGUGAACAGAUUCGUGGGCUCUCACCGAGGGAGCUGGUCGAGCGGGCGGAGCGCCAAAAGGUGACUACUGCUCGACAGAAGAAAUCUGCCGCUUUGGCUGAAGGGGCUGCCUUCAUUGCAGCUCGAAAACUACCAUCAGGCGAUGUAACCAUGGUAGCAAACAGUGCUGCAGGGGAGGAGCUUCUUCGUAAGCAUACGGGAUGGUUGAAGGCAUUCGGGCCCGCUUCCGUGGUCCAAGAGCCGUCGUGGGGCGUCGUGGCGUACCACGUUCCUGUAAAAUCGAUGAAGCUCACCCCGGAGACGAUGACCGACGUUGCAGCCGAACUGCUUCGACAGAGGAGCGAAAGCGCUAAGAUCCACCCCGUCGUGGCCAACCGUGCUAUCAUCUCUGGUGUCGUUUGGGGGAAGCAAAUCCGCAAUGCGUCGCGAGUCUGCCGCGAGGGACGGAUGAAGCUGUGCAGAAAAUGCCAAAAACCGGGGCAUAUCCAGUCACACUGUUCCAACGUUUAUAGAUGCGGCCACUGCGCCGGCGAGCACCCGACCUGGGAGUGUCCGUCGACACGGGGGCAGGCGAUAACAAUCAAAUGUGCCAAUUGCGGCCAAGGACGUCGCCCAGCCAGUCGAGAAUGUCCAGUGAAGAUUACGGCGUUGGAUGAGGCAAAACAGGCACUGGCCGACUGCCCUGCGUACCACCGCAUCCCACUACAUUUCCGAAAUACCGUAAGCAGUGACACCACGUCAUCUCCGUUCAGACCGAGUGCCACCGAAAGGGACGACCUGGAUGCACCUAUACAUGCACCAGAGGGGGAGCAGGAGGCAGAUCCCUCUCACCUGUCCCCGCAGGUUACAACGGAACCUGAGACAGAACCAACGAGAGAGGAGACAUCACUCGAGGAACACAUCAAACUCGCGAAGCCCAGAAGAGGACCGGGUCGCCCGAAAGGCUCAAAGACCAAGCCCAAAGAUCACGUCUUGCCUCCAGUACAGUCGGCAAGUCAGCGGUCAACAAGAUCCCAGACGGCCACCCAGAGAACUGAGUCUGAACACACGAUGUCUAAGAAGUGCCGCGUGGGCGAACCGGAGGAUAUCAUGGAUGAGCAGCCGGACGACAGCGACUGGUUACGGCCACCCGUCCCGAUACCAUGCAAGUCCUCUCCUCCGGUGAUCUUGACCGAUGCACCCACAAUCGAAGACCCAGACGAUGAUAUAUGGUACGAGGUCAGCGAGCGGAGUGACGACGAUCAGUCACAGCAAUGA